AUGGCGGUGAACCUCGGCGUCAUCGUCUACGUGGUGCUCCAGCUCAUCGCGUUCGUGUGCGUGAUGAUCGGCACGGGGGUGGACAUGUUUUACAUUAAACCGGAGAGCAGCGGAGGCCGCAGAGUGUGCAUCACGUUGUGGGGUGGAAAGAUCGAUUGCCGAAAGGCCCAGAUAACAAACACUGGGAACAAACUGUGGGCGCUGUGCCCGCGCAUCCGGGACAACUUCCGGGUUGCUCAGGCGUUCGCUAUCAUCUCCAUCUUCGUGUACGGCGCGUCACUGCUCUUCGGCUGCCUUUUGCUGUACUGCUGCACUGGCUUCCGCUGGCUCUGCCUGGCGCUGAACAUCGUGGGCGCGGUCACAGCUUGCGUUGUCUGGGCGCUCAUGGUGGUGACCUACCGACUAAAAGUGCAAAGGUGUGAUGUGCUGAGCGGAGAUUUUGUAUUCGGCACGGGCUUUGGUCUCUACGUGUUCGCGUGGGUGCUGGAUAUCCUCAAUAUCAUCUCCCUGAUGCUCCCGUGGCAACUCGGGCAAUCCGGUGAGGAAGCGGAAGAGCAUGCCGCGGUGACAAAGGCAGCGGAGCAGUAG